AUGAUAGGCGACGAGCUGCUCGACCGGGGCGAGAUCCGCAAGGUGAUGCGUGAGGCAUCCGACUUGGUGACCGGCACGCUGCUCGAGGCGGCGCACGGCCUGCAGCACUACAUGCGCGUGAGCGAGGAGCACAUCCGGCAGGGCGUCGCGAUGGGCACCGCCGCCAUCGAGGAGGAGGUGCGCGCGCUGGGCGACGCCGAGGCGCUGUCGAUGCUGCAGUACAUCUUGCACGACCCGGCCUCGGAGAAGGAGUACCCCAACGGCACGCGCGACGCCGGCCGCAGCGGCGAGCGGCUCGCCGACUUCGUCGCGCACGCCGACGCGCAAAAGGCGAUGCUCGACGAGCCGCACGCGAUGCUCGACGAGCCGCACGUCGUCGCAUUGCGGCUGUACACGACGGCGGCGUACCGGCACAUCAACGGCCCGCUCCGCAAGCCGGAAGGUCCGCACCCGCUGGCGCGCACCACUUGGUUCAUCUCGGAGGCCGUGCGCAAGCUGCGCGCGGUGCACGCCGACUCGACGACGGCGACCGAGACCGAGGACCUCUGGAGGGGCAUGCGCAACAUGCAGCUCUCGAGCGACUUCAUCGACAACCGCACCGGCGGCACCGAGCUCGCGCCCAUGUCCGCGACCACCGACAUGACCGUCGCGGCGCGCUACGGCGCCUCGUCGGGCACGCUGCUCUUCAAGAUCCGCGUCGACAACUCGCUCGUGCGCGGCGCGUCGCUGCAGUGGGUCUCCGCCUUCCCGCGCGAGGCGGAGGUGCUCUUCCCGCCGCUGACGUACGUCCAGCCCACCGACAAGCGGCAGACGCUGCUGGUGGGCGCGUGCAACUUCACUGUCAUAGAGGUGGUGCCCAACCUGUCGUCGUGA